CACCCACCCAGCCAGCAAAUAAGGCCCUGCUGGGGCUGGGGCCCCUCUCUGGGUGUGUGGCUGCCGCCGCCUCCGACUCUUGGGGAAGGUUAUGCACUUGUGAUUUCCCUUUCCCCCUCCUCUUCCUCCCCUCUCCCCUCUUUAUGUCAAGUGGAGACUCUCUCUGUCUGAGUCGCCCAUGAGCCUCCUCGGGAACUACCGGAAAAAGACCAACAAUGAUGGCUAUGAAUCUUUGCAGCUGGUGGACAGCAACGGUGACUUCUGCGGCAGCCGGGAGGGAACCGGCGGUGGCGGCGGCAGCAUCAGCAAACAAGGGGUGAUCCCGGCGGUGGUCGCGGCGGCAGCGGCGGCGAGAAGCCCAGUGCGACAGCAGCAUCAGCCGCUCGACUGUAGCACCAUGGACAGCUCAGGUGCCUCCUCCCCUGACAUGGAGUCUAGCUAUGGGGGUGGCCUAUUAGACAUGGUCAAAGGAGGAGCAGGGAGACUCUUCAGCAACUUGAAGGAUAACUUGAAGGACACUCUAAAAGACACAUCUACUAAAGUUAUGCAAUCUGUUGCCAGCUACACCAAGGGAGAGCUAGAUAUUUCUUACAUUACCUCAAGAAUUAUUGUGAUGUCUUUUCCUGCUGAAGGGGUUGAACUGGGAUUUAGGAACCAUAUUGAGGAUGUACGGACAUUCUUGGACUCAAGACAUCCUGACCAUUACACAGUUUUCAAUUUGUCACCGAAGUCUUACCGUAGUGCCCGGUUUCAUAAUAGGGUAUCUGAAUGUAGUUGGCCUAUUAGACAAGCACCAAGCCUCCAUAACCUCUAUGCUGUGUGUAAGAACAUGCACAACUGGUUGCAACAGAACCCCAAAAAUGUUUGUGUCAUCCACUGCAUGGAUGGUCGUGUAGCAUCAGCAAUCCUGGUCAGUGCAAUGUUCUGUUUCUGUCAUCUCUUCUCUAAUCCAGUCCCUGCCAUUCAGUUGCUAAAUUCAAAACGACCUGGAAUAAUACUUUGGCCAUCUCACAGAAGAUACAUAGGAUAUGUUUGUGAUUUAAUAGCAGACAAGCCCUUUCAGCCUCAUUGUAAGCCUCUAAUCAUUAAAUCAGUGAUUCUCAGCCCAGUGCCCUGUUUCAACAAACAAAGAAAUGGCUGCCGGCCUUUCUGUGAUAUUCUGAUUGGAGAAACCAGAAUAUUCACAACUUCUCAAGAAUAUGAAAGAAUGAAGGAGUACCGUGUUCAAGAAGGGAAAGUUGUAAUUCCGCUAGGAGUCACUGUCCAUGGUGACGUAGUAAUUUCUGUUCACCACAUGCGAUCAACCAUUGGGGGACGACUUCAAGCUAAAAUGUCAAACACACAAAUAUUCCAGAUUCAGUUUCACACUGGAUUCAUAGCUCUGGGAACAACAGUUUUAAAAUUUAAUAAACCUGAACUGGAUGCAUGUGACUCUCCAGAGAAAUAUCCCCAGCUGUUUCAUGUGAUAGUGGAGAUAGAAAUAGAAUCUGCUGAUAGACAGACUGACCUUACUCCUCCAUGGGAGAACUUCACAACAAAAGACAUCAACCCAAGCAUACUUUUCUCUUCUCACCAGGAACAGCAAGAUACCCUUGUCAUGGCAGGUAGAAGUCCUGGAGAUGCAUCACAAGAUAACCUAAAGACUGCUGGACAAGGUGCAUUCUUGUCAUCUCUCAGUUGGCAAGAUCAAAAAUUGGAAAGAAGCAGUUCUCAUCCCAGCUCUGAAGAUCGGGCAGCCCUGGUACAUGAAGAAAGUGAGCAGUCUGAUGAUGAACUCUUAUCCCUUUCCAGUCAGCACAGUAACACAAGCACGGACAAACUCCAUGGGCCACCAAAGCACAGCAAAAAGCAACAAGAGCCACCAGGUCCACCACCUCCUGAAGAUGUUGACCUUUUGGGUUUGGAUGGUAGCCCUAUGAACAAAAACUUCCCAGCAGCUUCCACUGCACCCCCUACCAACUCAGACUUGUUGAAUGAUCUGUUUGGAGCUACUCAUUCUGGAGGCACAAGUCAAGGAGGUCAGUCAGCUGUUGAAGAUGUCUUUCAGAUGGGUGGGACUGGAUCUGCACACUCCACUCCACGGCGGUCUGCAACAUCUGCAUCCCCAUCUUUGUCCCCAAGAAUAGGAGAAGCAGCUGCUUUUGACCCAUUUGGAGGAAGCCCUAAGCAACCUGCCCCUGAUCUUCUAGGGUCUUUCCUUGGUUCAUCAAAUGCUGCUGCUGAUCCUUUUCUUCAGACAGCCAGAAGUCCUUCACCCACAGUGCAAGGGGAUCCUUUUAACCUGGCUCCUUCUAGUACACCAGCUGUUUCCAUUCAACCAGAUGUUUCAAGUGACUGGGACUGGCCAGGAAAAUCAGGAAGCCUAGGUAGGGGGAGCAAAUCAGCUGCUACAAGCCCCACAGGAUCAGUACAUGGCACUCCAACACAUCAAACCAAACCACAAACGCUUGAUCCUUUUGCUGACUUGGGAGCACUGGGAGCAAACUUAGCAGGUUGUCCUUCCUUUGCCAGCAAACCCAGCACACCAACAGGAAUAGGAGGAGGUUUUCCUCCUAUGAGUUCACCACAGAAGCCAUCACCACAGUCAAUGGGAGGUAGCAGCUGGCAACAGGGUUCAGGUUAUUCAUGGCCGCAAUCACAGUCCAAACCCCAGCAAAGCAUGCCACAUUCCUCUCCCCAAAAUAGGCCUAACUACAAUGUGAGCUUUUCUGCAGUGCCUGGUGGACAAAAUGACCGUGGGAAGGGAACCGGAAGUUCUGACUCAAAGCCUAAAGGAGCUGCUGACUUUGAGGAUCUCUUAUCUGGUCAAGGUUUUAAUGCCCACAAGGACAAAAAGGGCCCUAGGACAAUAGCAGAAAUGAGGAAGGAAGAAAUGGCCAAGGAGAUGGAUCCAGAGAAGUUAAAAAUCCUUGAAUGGAUUGAAGGAAAGGAGAGAAAUAUAAGAGCCUUGUUGUCCACAAUGCACACGGUGCUAUGGGAAGGUGAAACAAAAUGGAAACCAGUCGGCAUGGCAGAUCUUGUGACUCCAGAGCAAGUGAAGAAGGUCUACCGGAAAGCAGUGCUUGUUGUUCAUCCUGACAAAGCUACAGGACAGCCAUAUGAACAAUAUGCAAAGAUGAUUUUUAUGGAGCUCAACGAUGCCUGGUCAGAAUUUGAAAACCAAGGCCAAAAGCCCUUGUAUUAGCAGACUUCCUCAGACAUUGCUGUAGAUCUGUGCUAGUGCUCGUAUAGUUUCUUGCCACAAGAUUUUCACAGCUGAACUGAAUAUCUGGCUGGAAAUUUGGAAAUAAUAAAACUAGCCCUGAUACUAAAAUUGUCAUCAUGAAAAGAGGGAAAAAAAUAUAGAAUGUGCUCCUUACUUAUGCCAUGAGUUACAAAUGCAAAGAGGGAAAUUCUAGGAAUCUUGCAGUGUUCUUUCAGGUUUAAACAGGGUAGGUAAGAAUGCAUUCUAGAAAACUGGGAUUUAGUCUUGGAACUAGGAGAUGAAACGGAUUUCCCUCCCCACUCUUGUUAAGAAACUUAAAAUUUUAUCGGUAAGGGUGUGACUCAGACUUGAAAAUAUGUAUCUGGACAGACUUUCUCAAAACUUAAGAAUGUUCAUAGGCUUUGUGUUGUUUGCUUUACACUGUUACUCUUAAUUUGGCAUUUCAAUUAUUUCUUGUAGUAUAUUUCUGAAUCUGACAGACAACAGAUUACAUGUCUGGCAAGUUGCUGCCUUAAGCACAGUGUACUGUAUUUCAGGUUUCAGACAAACUGUUAACCCACUUGGGGAAGUGUCUUUAAAUUAUUUAAUCUGCAACAUGUUGAAGAUAAUGUCCAAGUCAAUGAAGCACUGAGUUCAGAGUGUUGUGCGUUUAUGAACAGUGAGGAUGAGUUAAACAGCCUUUGCAAGGGAUGAUUAAAAAGAAAUGUCUUAAACUCUUGUAUCAAAACCAAAAGUUGAAGCCUUGCAUUUUCUAUUGAUGUUAUGAGUUUAAGUUCAACCUUCUUUAUUGUGUUGUUGCUCAUGUCCAGUCAGCUGUUCAAAGAUGCUCUGGAGAGUAGCUGAUCAUGAGCUGAUGGUGACAUAGCUUUGCAUUCUAAGACUCAGUUGGCAAGUUACCACAUUGCUUAUGCAGUUUUGCCAGAUAAAAAGUAAAUAGUGACUCCUAUUUACCUACAGAAGAUGUAUUGGCCCAGUAAGCAAUAAUGUUCAUAUAGUCACAUGGUGGUAUCUCUGAAGAUAAAACUAACAUGUUGUCAUAUCUUCUUGCAAAACUAGUUUUUACAUAAAACUUUGAAAUGUUUCUCCUUUUGCAUAAAAACUUGUAAUAGCAGUUUUGUGCUCUGGUAUUCCGUUAAUGAAAUCUGGUUUCUGCAAGGCAUGGGGUAGUCAAUAUUAUGUUGCUCUUCCCCCUCCCCCAGGACAGUUGAUGGACUGUUGCCUUGCAGCAAUAGCCAUGCAGAACUGUGAAGUUUCGAGAGGUCAACUGUGUUUAUAGAUUCUGAUGGCACUGGACACUAUCAGACCUUGGACCUCAUUAUACACUCCAUUUCUUGCUGGCAUUAUUGCUCAGUACUGGGGGGGGGGGGGGAAAUACGGUCUCUGCACCUUCUUUUUGGAUAGAUAGCAGAUAGGCUGAAAAACUUCCACAUGCAUAAAGGGGGGGAAAUCCCUAGCAGAUGUGAAAAUCUUACUCAAUUUGGUGUUUUAAGGACAAUCUAUUUCUUUGGUUUUCUGUUAUCAUUUUCAAGUGGCACCCUUUUCUGCAUAUACAGUAUGUAAACGAGCUUACCAUUAUUUUUAUAUAAAAUGCCAUCUUUUUGUUGUACUGAUCCAUUAUUUAUUGCCAUUUACUGCCAAUGUGAAACAAACACCGUCUUCUUUUUUUAUAUAUACAAGGCAUUAAGAUGUUUAAACAGCUAUAACAAACUGGAUGUUAUUUAUUAACAUAUUAUGAAAUGUUUUGAUCAAGUAUGUGCUUGUCUUAUUAAAAAAAUCUGGAAUGUGAUUCAUGUUCCUGUGACUUGUUUUCCUCUGUUCCAUUCACAUCUGUAGAUACUGUAUGAACUAUGCUUAUGAGUGUACAAAUGGAUUUAAUUCAUGUAGCAUACAUUUUUGAAAUUACAAGAAUGGCAUUACCUUUGUAUCCCUGUUCAAAAGAAAGGCCCUGGAUAAAAAUACAGUAUAUCAUUUUAGCUUUAUUUAGUUCAGUAAAAAAUACUAUAAAAACUUACCCAACUCAAAACACCUCUUCUGACUGCAGUGUUUUUAUGGUGCAUGAAAUUGAGACCUGCUGUAUGUCAAAAAUACAGAAGUUUAACAAAUGGUGUGGGGGGUGUCAUAUCUUGAUAAUUACAGAGCUUGUCAAUUGUUCAAGUUUACUGUUUAACUAAAAACUCUGUUGUAUUUUUUUUAAAAUAUACAGUGUUCUCAAUUAAAUGUGACUGGUCUAAAAUAUUUGUACAUAUUAAAAAGUUUGAAGAA